GCUCAAUAUUUACACUUUCUCUGUAUCUUUAUGACACUGUAAAUCUGUUGUAUCAGGGUGUUAAAAGUUCUCAACUUAACUAUUAUUAACUAAGAAAUUGCAUUAUGUUUCUCCAGCACUUGAAGUCUGGGGCCAAAAUCUAUUGAUCUUUAUUAUCAGUCCAUUGUCAAUAAUCUUUGAUUGCAUCUGUUAUCUUUGUACACAAUCUAUUUGCUAUUUAUUGCCCGUGAUGGGUUUAAAGUCUGUGUCAUAAAAAAACACCUUUCAUGUGUUAAGCCUGAGUUGCUGAGAGUGUUUCAUGUACACAAACAUUUUACCUGAAGGAGUAUUUCUUUUGAUGGAUUUCCUGACUGUAUUUCUUGGUCAAAUUUGGCUUGCGUAUCCUGUAUUAUGAACAAUUUUUGUUCGGCUAAACUUCCUUGUUGGGCAUCUAUAUUGUAUCUCUCUCAACAUUUCCACCUGUCUAAUCAAAACUAACCUAUCCAGUAUGUGCCAGAGGAGAUAACAGUAUACAAUAGAGUGAUGCAUAAGUGUUGCAGGUGUUGCUCUCAGUUCAUUAAGAUUUACUAUGAUGCAUUUUAGAGGGUACCAGUGCAAAUAAGAAAAAGUGAAAGAGUUCAUAACAUAUGGUUAGCAUGCCGUUAUUAUGCAGCUUGCAUUUCAUUAAAAAAAAACAACAUACUUUUUAUGAGCUGGGUGUAUAGUUCGAAUAAAAUAUUGUUCUGUUGUAACGUGAGAGAGAAUACAAAAGCAUUGUUUGUGUAUGUAGAAUACAUAAGACCUUCACCACCAUCACCACCAACAGACCAUCCCUGGUGGUGAGAUUAAAAGUGCAUUUUGGUUCUCAGUAUAGAGCUUAAAGGUGACAUAGCCAGUGGAUGAGUUACAUGGUAGUUUUUUAAAGAGGCUCUCCAGUAAUUUAGGAUCGUACUUCCGUACAGUUAGGUGACUUCCAAUGUACAAAAUGGUUCAAACUGAUACAGGAGACACUAAAAUAUCCUGACUUUUAGUUUCUAGUUUCAGUCAAGCUCCAAAAACCUUGGAUCCUAUGUUUCCCAUAAUGCAACUCAAAGGUGUAUUUAUUUAGACUUACCCUGCUCGGUUAAAACGUGUGUUUUCAAAACUACAUACUGCAGUUUGUAAUGUGGGUUUUAAAAGUCUCCAAGUCCAAGCUGAGAAAACACUGAUGUUCAUCAGGGUUAUGUUCUCAGUCUUUUGGGCUACAUCCAUACUUAAAUGUUUUUGUUUGAAAACACACUACUAUUGCUACAGUUAUGCCUAGCGUCCACACUUCUCCACUAUUUUGGAACCCCUAAAAUGGACUAUCACGUUCACUUCCCGAUUGGGUCUUCUCAGUCACAGCUUGUCAGGACAAAACAGAAUAGCUAGGUCCACAUACCUUUUGUAAUUUUAUCCUUUUUUGCGUAGGUACUCCUUUACUAUUGUCAUGGGUUCCUCUAAUGAUGGAUAAUGUGCCCAACCAGUACCACUCUUAUUUUGCCAUAUUUGCAUUGUACCAACUCCCAAUAUGUUUUCCUCCACCCUGCUCGCCUUAUACUCAUGUUACUUUUAAUAACAGUUCAACCUUGUUGUUGGUCCAUGCAAAGAAAUCUCUGGUCUUACUUUCCGUCAUCUCCAUAGUAUAUAUAUUUUUUUUAAUAGAUUUCUAAGUUUUUAAUACUUUAACAAUACACAAAUGACGACGAUGAAAACAAAAUAAAUAAUAAUAAAAGUAAUAGUAGUAAUGAUAAUAAUGUUAAGAAAUUACAAGAUAAAGGAUAACAAACUGCCAGCAAAAGGAAAGAGAGUACAAUUAUACAACAGUUCGUACUAUGUCCAUCUCUAUAGUACUUUCUGUAACUAAGCAACCAACCACAGAGUAGACAAUCUGCUUCCUGUUUACGGUUGCCUCAACGUGCAUGCCUAAUGUACAGCCUAAUAUCAUGUAUGGCCAUUUGAUAUGAUUAUGAUGUUUUCAUGUGCUAAAACACUUGUGUUUACAGAGAUCAUUUUUAAUUUUAAAACAGAAACAGAAACCUAAUGUGUAGUAGCUCUUAGAGAGCUCCUCCAGAGACACAGAUGAUACCAUACAACUGUCAGACAUUUGUGUCUCUUUCUUUUUCUCCAUCUUUCCCUGUUGGGCUACAAUUCCCAAAGGCCUCGAUUUCAUUCUAACAUACAGUAGUAGCAAUAGACAGAUAGAUAGUGUAUGUUUUUCUCAGCCUUAUGUAAAUAGGAUGACUAUCAGAGCAGAGACCCUACAGUGUUGCAAUGUCAAGCAGAUUACUUUCCUGACUUCACAUCCCCUCUAUCUGUCUCACCAAAUCCUGUUCACACCAGCAGGACAGUCCAGGACACUGUGUACUGAAGCUGCACAUUGUUCUUGUUCUCUGCUUUCUUUUUUGCUUUCAUUGGUAGUAAGAGUACAUUCUCUCCUGACUGAUAAGCAAUGGAUAUGGCAAACAUACACACAAAGAAACAUAUCUGAUGAUCUACAAAUGCAAAAAUUGGAUUGUCACAUCAGGCCAGCAAAAUCCAGUGGAAUCACAAGACAGAACCGAACUUUGCUUUGCGACCCACCACUUUCAGUGUGUCGCCGCUACUGCUUAGUCAAACAAAGCUGAAGCAGUUGAAGAGGAACCGUACACUAAAUUAUUUUUUCCCACAUAACUACAUAGAUUCUUGUUGGCAUGUUAUUUAAUAGACUUCCAAGUAUAAAGUGCGUAACACUAGCAAACUGAAACUCCAAUUAAUGCCUCUGACACAAAGCUGCUAGUUGCUUUCUUCUGCAGUAGCAGUAAACACAACACACAACCCUAUGCCAGAUAUGACAUGUUUAAGUGACCAAAACAUUAUAAUUAACUUUCAUGAACUGAAUACACACUGAAAUGGCGACAGCGACGGCAACGCUCAUAUGCUACUCUCUGAGUCCGAGGUCACACCAUGGUUUCAUUACCUGCAUUACCUUGUCAACAGAAGGCACCUACCAGUCAUUCAAAGCAGCUCGGCCCUUAAUUAUACAUAACUUUAAGCCUUAAUAACUUUUAAAUGGGUGAGUUAUAUAGAAAUUCACCCCCCUUCCAGUAGUCAUGAAUGGCGAAACUAGAAACCAAAACCCACACAGUGCCUCUGUGACAGGGGACAAGGGACACAAAUGUGUUGCUAGAGACUGUCAAAGCUCCACUAGACUCUGUGGCUGUGUCUGUAAUCAUUUACUUAUCCCUACUCACUACAUAGGGAGGUCUGUGUGGAGCACUAUGUAGUGAGCUCAUCUUGUAGCGACCACAGACUGUAUGGUAGCGACCCAGCUCGCUAGCAUUAGCUAGCCUUAUUAGCCCUGCGCUGUACAGUAUUUGUUAAGCACUAGAGAGGAUUAAUUGCCAAUUUAUUUGUAAAUCUUCGGGGACCAACGACUAUAUGUUAAACUGACAACUUAUUGCAUGGCAAAGAAACUGAUAAUACUCAUAAUAGGUUAGACAUGUACAACAGGUUGUAAUCGAGCCGCUCUCUCUCCUCUUGUCUGUCUCUGUGUCCAUCCCACACAGUCUGCUCCUUUGGCUCAACGUAUAAUGGGAUAUAUUGUUUGGUUAGUGACCAUUGGUUUUAGACUACUUUUCACAAUACAUUGUAGGAUACUUUGAGUCUACUAUAUAGAGUAUAAUAAAUCCCACUAUACAUUUGAACAGCUCUACAAAAUGGCGAGCCCACUAUUUAAUGGACUAUAUAGUGAGUAGUGAGUGAUUUUGAACACAGCCCUAGUCACUACAGCAGAGACUCAAAGAGUCUGACAGAAGCCUCUACAGUUCUGGCUAAAUCUGGACUCUGUCAUGCCGUAAUGCAUUCCUCAUAGUUUAAAAAAAAAAGAAAAAAAAAAAGGAAACACAUAAAAAAAGAACCCCCCCAAAAAAGACGCCACUCUUUAUAAAAGCAGAAUAUAGCUCUCACUCCAAAAAUGGUUGGGGGAGGGGUUUAAUAAAUGGUCAGUUGCAACUUGCAAGAUAAUUUGCAAAGGAAAACAGGUGUGUUCUGUCACAUAACCUAUAAUUUGAUUUAUUUUAAUUACAGAUAGUUGUGAAAAAUUACAGGAUAACAUAUUCAUAUUUUGUGUUUUGUGUACAUUAAUUUUGUUUAUAGUGAAUGCAACACAAUUGCACAUGCCCGCACAGUCCAUAAAGAUAUUGUUUCCUUCAGUCUCCUUUUUUGUUUGAUCAAGGGAAAUAAAUGCAUACCAAGUGGAAAGUGGCUGACCUUGGUCAUUGAUCAUUAUUUCAGCAUUCAUUUAUCACUGAGCAAGGUGUGACAGAACAAAGGCUGGCCGAAACCACCUGAUCAUGGCCAUUCGAUCAAAUCACGUGGGUUAAUUUAUUAUAGUCAUUUUUAUGAGAUCGCAUCCACAGCCAGAACUUCACACAUGAUAACAAAUUCACAGGUAAAAAAAAACAUGUGCAUUCACAAUUAUGCACCAUUUGGAAAACGUCCAUUCAGAUUUCCAAAACUGGAGACUGGAUUUUCACAAAGAGAUGUAUUCAUGCAUUUGGGGUCUCACACACACACACACACACACACACGCAAAUAAAAACACACAUGCACACAUACAUUUCCCAUGAACCUGCCCUGAACUGUGCUUGAUCCUGGGCAAACAACGGGGGCAGGCAGGCAUUACUUCCACUUAAUUCUGAGUAGACACUUCGAUAAGACUGCCCUGAAACCAGCAAGCAGCAACCCCCCACCCCCGCACGCACCUUAGGCUCCUACAGUUUCUGCUCUUUCUUAUCAGUUUGGUAGGUGUUGCCUUAAAUUUGAAGAAAGACUUUCUCUUUCCCGUUAGCUCUCUGUUCUGUCAACUUUGUGGAGGGAAAACAUUAAAAGGUCAGUUCGGUUUUUUAAAUGAUUCAUCAGUUUUGACCUGCAGUGUUCUUUAAUCACACACUCGAUAAAUAGAUAGCUUUUUGCAAUGAUACUCUUGCAUUCAGCAAUUAUUUGCUUCAAACAAUCUCGGUUCCUGCAGACUAUUUUUACCCUUGACGUGCACUGCAGAGUGCUGCAACCGACCUUUAGCGGUGUUUCCCAUCCUGAAAAGCUACUUGAUUUCCACUUCAUAACAAUGACCUGCCCUGUCCUGUCCUGUCUGCCCUGUCCACAUCCUCCCUAUCCUGCACAUCGGUACAAUAUCUUCCAAAUGCUCUUUGGGGGCGGAAAGUCUCCACUGAAAGUUGUGGGUUGAAGAUAUCAGUAAGAACAAUGGUCAAGGAUAAGGCAGGAGUCCAGCGGUUGUGUGAAACAGGGACUUCAUCAUAAUUGCUGUUAAUAAUUACAGUUGUGAUAAGCGUCAGAGGUGGCAUUUAUUGAUGGCAGAGUCGUCUGAGGUCCCAGUUGAUCUCCAAGAGCGGGAGGUGGAAGAAGGAAGAGUGAAGAGCUUGGAUUUGAGACAGUUAAGGACACUGUCAGAGACACAUAGAGAGGAAGCAGCAGUCCUCCAGGCAGCAGAGGCGAGAUGAUACGACCGGGAGCUCAGCAGUAUGUGGUGGCCAGGCCGCUGUACUCAGAAGACUCCUUCGCAGAGGACCAUGAGAAGGUGUACAGGCACCGCAAGACCAUAAUGGACCACAUCAAGCAGUACUUCACAUGUGAUGCCAAACGAGCUAAGAAUGCAGCUCUCUCUCUCCUGCCGGUCAUUGGCUGGAUGAAAAUGUAUAGAAUCAAAGAGUGGCUGCUAAGUGACAUUGUGUCUGGUCUCAGCACCGGGCUGGUAGCUGUCCUGCAAGGUCUGGCCUACUGUCUACUGGCCUCUUUGCCACCCUGGUACGGACUCUUCUCUGCCUUCUUCCCUGUUGUCAUGUAUUUUUUCCUGGGCACCUCUAGACACAUCUCAGUAGGUCCGUUCCCAGUCUUGUGUCUGAUGAUCGGCUCAGUGGUCACCAGGUUGGUCCCCGACGAGGGUCCGCCUGUCAACAUCACAGGGUUUGAAGGCCUGACGAAAGAUGAGCAGAGAGUGUUGGUGGCUUCGUCUGUGUCCUUCCUUGCCGGCAUCAUGCAGCUUGCCAUGGGGGUUAUGCAGGUGGGCUUUGUUGUCAUGUACCUGUCCGACACUCUGGUGUCCGGCUUCACCACUGCAGCCGCUGUCCACAUUCUGGUAUCCCAGCUCAAGUUUGUGCUCGGGUUGACUGUUCCAGGCAUCAGUGGUCCACUCUCUAUCAUAUACACCCUGGAGGUGAUCUUUAACAAGAUCACUUCCACCAAUGUGUGUGACGUGGUGAUCUCCUUAGUGAUCAUGGUGGUGGUGUUCAUUGUGAAGGAGCUAAAUGACAGAUUCAAAUCCAAGCUGCCGGUGCCUAUCCCCAUAGAGGUCAUCAUGACUGUCAUUGCAUGUGGAGUUUCAUAUGCGUUUGACUUCAAGACAAAAUAUGGCAUUGACGUUGUUGGCCCUAUUCCAAAAGGGUAUGAGGCUCCCAUCCCCCCCAAUCUGCAUAUCUUCCAGGAGACAGCAGUGGAAGCAUUUCCCAUGGCCAUAGUGGGUUUCGCUGUUGCCUUUUCUGUGGCAAAAGUCUAUUCUGUAAAACAUGAUUACACCAUCGAUGGAAACCAGGAGCUGAUAGCUUUUGGAGUCAGCAACAUCUUUGGAGCUUCCUUCAAGUCUUUUGCUGCGAGUACGGCUCUUUCCAGGAGUGCAGUGCAGGAGAGCACAGGUGGCAAGACUCAGGUUGCUGGAUUACUGUCAGCUAUCAUAGUGAUGAUCGUCACAUUGGCCAUUGGAUUUCUCCUGGAGCCGCUCCCGAAGUCUGUGCUGGGUGCUGUGGUCAUCGUCAACCUGAAGGGUAUGCUGAUGCAGUUUAGAGAAAUCCCAUACCUGUGGAGGAGGGACAAACCAGACUGUGUGGUGUGGAUAGGUACCUGUAUUGCAGCCAUCUUGCUGGGGCUGGAUCUCGGAUUGGCUGCAGGUCUCGGUGUGGAGCUAAUCAGUGUUGUCCUCAGGACUCAGUUUCCUCGCUGCAGUGUGCUGGCCAACAUCAAAGGAACUGAUAUCUACAAAGACAGAAAGGACUACAUUGAUAUAUAUGAGCCAGAUGGAGUGAAGAUCUUCAGGAUACCAUCACCCAUUUUCUUUGCCAACAUUGAGUUCUUCAGGGGCAAGCUGGUGGAAGCUAUUGGAUUUAACCCCUUGAGAGUAUUGAGAAAGAGAAAUAAAGCCCUGAGGAUGAUCCGUAAGCUUCUAAAGAAGGGAGACCUUCAGUGGACAUCAAAAGGCUUCUUGAAUACCUCGUGCGGACCCAUCAAUGAGUCAGAAGAUGAGUACAACAAAGAGGAGCUGGACCUGCCGACUGACUUCAAGGACCUUCCCACCCGGAUUGACUGGAACACUGAGCUUCCCGCCAACAUCGUUGUUCCCAAAGUAGACCUCCACAGCCUGAUCUUGGACUUUGCUGCUGUCUCCUUCCUGGACAUCUCUGCUCUGAAGGGUCUCAAAACAAUGCUUAAAGAACUGAUCCGGGUUGAAGUUGAGGUCUACAUUGUGGCUUGUGAUCCUUACAUCCAGUUGAAACUGCAUGACUGUUGCUUCUUUGAUGAUGAAGUUCAGCCAUCAAUGUUCUUCCUGACACUGCAUGACGCCAUGCUGCACAUCCUCGAGAAACACCCAGACCGCACAGAAAAGAAAUCUGACAAUGAAAGAAUUAUAACAACAGUCACAAUUCACCACCCUGGAGGCAGUGUGAGGAGCAGAGAUAGACAUGUUCCAGAUCGAGAAACCAGAUUUUAACUUCUGAAUGAGAAGACGUUUAUUUUUGGGGAAAAAAUAUCUAAAAGACCAAAGACAAAAAGAGUAAAUGUUGAAAGAUGAUGCUGUAUAAAACACUGAUGUAGUAAAUGACGAAAUACUGUUUUUGACUUUGUACAUCUGACAAUCUAAGUUUACAUAUGCAAUAUUUACGGUAAUGUAAAAAAAUUAAUUUCAUGGUAUUGAUGUUUUUUAUACUGUAUAUACUGAAUUUGUAGAAAUUUUAGAUGCAAUAUAUUUUACAUGUUGUAGAUAUAUAUAUUUCCAUGAUGAUGAGAAUAAAUGAACUUCAAAAUAAUAUUCUCUGUUUGGGACCAAAGCAAUGUGAAAGAGACUGAAUGUUCAGUGGCUGAAAUAUUGAAAUAAAUAUUUCAUCACUCUAAAUAA